AUGGCUUUCGAGAACCUCAACGUCCCGCAGCUCGCUGUGCUCCCGUCACCGCUCGCGUCUCUGUUCGCCAUGAACGCGGUCUCGGGAGCUGUGCUGCACAUCGGGCGUGAGGCGUCGGAGGUGAACAUUGUCUACGACUCGAUCGUGCGAUGGGAGGCGACAGCAACGGUGGAUGUCGGUGAGGUGGACUGCGAGCGGCAUCUGGAGAAGCUUCUGCUCGCGGACGAGAAGCUGGACAAGGAGCUGAAGUCUGUUGCUGGCGUCGAGAGCUUCGCCCCGGGCCAGAAGGAGCAGUACGUCAAGGAGAUCCGGGAGUUCAUCUUCGCCGAGUGUGUCGGCGACGACAUCGAGGUGCCGAUCGCCAAGACUGCCGUCAAGGCCGCAGUCGUGACGUCGAACAAGAAGCCAGAGGAGGAGGAUGACGCCUUUGAUGUCGCGAAGAAGCUCACGGCCGAUGCCGUGCCGCAGGCGAUCCCGAACCCAUCGCACAAGUCGAAGAAGGCGCUGGCUGCUGCUGCCGCUGCCGCUUCGAAGGCCGAGGCGGACGCCGCGGCUGCUGCCGAGGCCGCGGACGUUAUCGUCGUCACGAUCCCGUCCCUGCCUGAGAAGGAGAUCACGGUUGGCAGCGUGCGCCACCGCCUCGCCGAGCCGCUCCUCUUCGGCACCAAGAAGGGCGGCGACACGGUGUGGGAGGCGAUCGGCCGCGCGAUCGAGCACGAGGGCCUCAAUACCUGGGAGCGCCUCACGAUCUGGGACUCUAUCGGCGUCAUCGGCAACAUGGCCCGGUUCAAGUGUAAGUUUACAAGGCAGAUCCGUAACUGA